AUGAGCACAGUCAUUAGUAAUGACUCACAAUGGAUUCAAGAUGAAACAGAAAAAAUUCGUUCAUCUCUUUUAAAUGAAUUACAUCGCAUUGAACAUGAAGUUAAUGAAAAAUUUGUAUCAUUCAAAAAUGAUUUUGAUUUACGGCAACCGAAAACUAGAGAACGACCGGAACAAAAACCACCCAAUCGACAAAUAAAUGCAUCACGUACAUUUAUUCCUCGUAAUUCUAUUCUAACCGAUCUAUUUGAAACAUCGCAUAUUCGUGGUAUAAGAAAUAUGUUUGCUGCAAUGCUUUUGAUACUUGUUAUACAAGUGACAGUCAAUGAUUUGGUAGAACACGGCAGGAUAAAAUUAGAUUUUCAACUGAUUUUUGAAUGUUUUAACAAGUUACAUAUUGCUUUAUUUAUCUGGUUGAUUAUGCAAUUAUGUACUGCCGUAGUCGUUUUUAUGGGGUUUUAUUAUUGGGCUAGUCGUCGAAUUUUGUAUUGUGAUAGUGUCAAAAGAUUAAGAAUCUACGAUACAAUAUGGUUAUUUAUUUAUAUGUUCUAUAUAGUCUUAUUCUUAGUACUACCGUGUCGUGAAAUCGUUAAACAUCAAUUAGCUAUUGCUUCGUCAUUUAUUGUUUUACUCGAACAGCUCCGUCAAUUGAUGAAAACGCAUUCAUUCGUUCGCGAAAAUAUUGAAAACAUCCGUGCACAAUGUCAUUUAAUAAGUGAAGCCAAGACAAAUGAUAAUACUAACCGAGUCGAAUUAUCUUGUCCAGAUUUUUCUCACUAUUUAUAUUUUCUAUUUGCUCCAACAUUAAUCUAUCGUGAUAAAUAUCCUCGCAAUGCAGUUAUACAUUGGGAUUAUGUUUUACAAAUGUUUGGACAAGUAAUUGCAGCUAUAUUUUAUGUCUAUUACGUAGUUGUUCGCUUUUGUAUACCGACAUUUGCUAAUUUAAAUCAAAAUCAGAUAACACUGUCGAUAUUUACAUCUGUUUUAUUUAAUUCAAUUAUGCCUGGAAGUCUUUUUCUAUUAUUGGGUUUCUAUGGAUUUUUGCACUGUUGGCUCAAUGCCUUCGCAGAAAUGCUUCGAUUUGCUGAUCGAAUGUUCUAUAAAGAUUGGUGGAAUUCAACUUCAUUUGCAGCAUAUUAUCGAACAUGGAACAUUGUUGUGCAUGAUUGGCUUUAUGCAUACAUUUAUAAAGAAGUUUUUGCUCUUAUUGGAGAAACAAAUCGUGUUAUUCCAGCUAUUGCCGUCGUACUUUUAUCGGCCACUUUUCAUGAAUAUGUUAUGAUAUUUGCACUUGGAUUUUUCUAUCCCGUUAUGUUUGUAUUGUUUGCAAUCGUCGGAAUGUGCUUCUUCUUCUUUCUACCGAGAAAUAAAGGUGUACUCUACAAUAUACUUGUUUGGGCAUUUCUUUUAAUUGGUGUUGGUCUUCAAUCAUGUUUCUAUUUCAUGGAAGCUUACGCAAGAAAAUCAUGUCCACCAAACGACACAUUCUGGGACAAAUUAGUGCCACGAUCAAUCGUUUGCCGUGUUUCAUUGCCAUCAGCUAAACUUCUACAUCUUGAAUUAUAG